CAAAUAGAACAAAAGAAAACGUAAAAAAGAAUUUCGCUGCAAAAACAUGGCUUUAGGACGCAAUAAAUGCGUCAUCAAAGGUGGACCACCUAAUCAAAAGGUCAUGCAACAUAAUGAUUUUAUUGAUAGAAUAAGAAAAUCCUUGUAUUUCGGUGGACAGACACUUUGCGAGGACAUGGAAGUGAGUGGUCCAUUGGCCGAGUAUGCUUCGGAAUUAUUUUCCGAGCCUCACAAAGGUCAUUCGCUAAAUCGCCUGAAUAAAGUCACAGCCGGCAGUUUGCAUGCAGCAACGCCAUGCUCUCUGAUUAUGGCCCUUAUCUAUUUGGAUCGAUUAAAUGCAACAGAUCCUGGUUACGUGAGACGCAUUACGCCAUCCGAAUUGUUUAUUGUUUCUAUGAUGAUUUCCACAAAAUUCUAUGCAGGAUACGAUGAAGAAAUAUAUCUUAGCGACUGGGCAGAGGAUGGUAAUAUGACCGAAGAUAGACUUAAACAACUAGAACUGGAAUUCCUUUGCGCUAUUGACUGGAACAUUUACAUAUCAAAUGAUAAUUUCUUUGCGAAGCUAACUUCUGUCGAGAAGACCCUCGCCAAACGCGAAGGUCUGCGUCGCGGCUGGUUAACCUACACCGAACUCAUACAUUUUCUUCCUUCGUUUACAUUAGCAAAGUUUCUGCUCAACAAUAUCACUGUGAUGGCUGUAAGUUAUGCGGCAAGUGUGAUGACAAUCGCUGGUGCAUUCUUUUUGGCCAGUCAGAUACCAGGAAAUGCCUUGCAUCAUGGACGUCGUAGUGUCAGCACAAGUACCAAUCAUCAUCAUCAACAUCUCUCCACAGGCACAACCACCACAUCGACUAAUCAAGUUGCAUCCGACGGAUGUCAUUCCGUAGAUAUAUUGGCUGCAGAUUCUAUGGAUUCUGGCAUAAACAUAACUUGCUCGUUGGCAUUCAAUGUUGAAGAGGAAUUACAAAAGCUCGAAUUGCAAUACAUAAAAGAGCAAUAUUUGGACAGCAUUCGAAUGAGAAAUAAUGAAAAUGAAAAGUCUUUACUGAAUUACCAAGCUGCAACCAGGUCCAAUAUGACUCCUCGUCAUCGUGGUGUGAUGCAUGAUUCGGAAAUCGAUUGGUAUAGUUUCAAAGAUGAAUACAGUGAAAAUGAUGCAUUGUUUGGAUGUCGAAACAUUACCAAUUGCACAAAAUCCAUGUUGUGGAAUCUUUUGGCUGACGCGGAACAUAGUUUCGUUAAGUUUCCAUUUAUGUGGUUUAAAUUUAUGUAGACUUUGAGAACUACUUUCAAUGUUUUAUUAUUUUUUUUUAAAUCGGAUUUUAAUGAAUCAUUCAUAAAUAAGAAGAAGAUAAUUGGACACAAAUAAAAAUAAAAAAAAAAUCGGCGGCCAAAUUUUAUUUUUUAUCUUUUUAUUU